AAGACUGUUUGGGAUAAUUGACAAAGAAUUUGUUCUUCCCCUCCCUGGCAUCCUGUGGAAUUGAACACAAACUGGAAUAUAUAUCAGUAAUCCUCAGGAGUCUCUCGUCAGUGGAGAGAAGAGAAAGCUUUUGCAGAGCACCGAAGAGGGGAUACAGAGGAGGGCAGAGGUGUGCUAGAUGGGGGCCACAGCCGGGCCUGAUGGCAGGAGCCCAGAACACAGCGAGCUCUAAUCACAUCCUCUAGGAGCCUCAGAGGUGCUACAGUUCACGUGGAGACACUGAAAAGGUUGUGUGCCCAUGAGGUCGUCCAUGCUGGUCCUGUUCCUCUUCUUCAGUGCCCAGGCUGUGGCCUCCAUUGGAGAGGACUCGUGUACCGCCACGACGGCACAGCAGCAGGAUCCAGUCGACAGCCGCAACCCCAUCCCCACAGUGGACCCCAAACUCUUCAACAAGCGCCACUACCUCUCACCCAGGGUGCUCUUCAGCUCACAGCCCCCUGAUGCGGAGCCGGCAGCGACUCAGGGUGCCGGCAGAAGGACCCGCCGGCGAGCAGGGCAGCCUCAGCACCGUGGGGUGUACUCAGUGUGCGAGAGCAUCAGCGUCUGGGUUGGCAACAAGACCAAGGCCACGGACAUCUCGGGCAACGAGGUGACAGUGCUGCCAGACGUGAACAUCAACAAUGUCAACAAGAAGCAGUACUUCUUCGAGACCACGUGUCACAGCGCGCGCUCAGGCGGCUCAGGCUGUUUGGGAAUCGACGCGAAACACUGGAACUCCUACUGCACCAACUCACACACUUUUGUACGAGCGCUGACUUCGUUUAAAAACCUGGUGGCGUGGAGGCUCAUACGCAUCAACGUGGCCUGCGUGUGCGUGCUCAGCCGCAAGUCGUGGCGGCAGUGAAGACUUGGCCUGCACAGCACACACACACACACACACACACACACACACACAGUCAAGUGCUGUACAUACACAUACUAACAUGCAGGCUUUCGUGACUUUUUCUGCAUAAAUUAUCACCAGACUUCCCACUCUCUGCACAAAGUAAAUUAUUGGUAUAUAAGUAUCAGGACUGCAUGUAUAUACACCAGGCCUGGGUCAGAUAGUACCUGCUGUCGGUUUCUCACCUGCUUUAAUUACUGACAAACUGACCUCAUAUCUGCAGGCACUGGACCUGUGCUGCUACAUUAUUUUAAAUGUUGCUCCAAUCUGUCACACAAUCAGUCACCCUGUUUCUGUCAAAAAUAAACUGAGGCAGAUGUGACACCCUCACUGCUGCUUUGAAGAGAUCAUGCAAGUUGAAAUAUUUUAAAUUUGAUAGAUUAAUAAAGUGGUUCUGAGCUGUAAAAAUCGGCAUUUAUACUGAAGUGCAUGACCUUAAACCACCCUUCAGCCUCUGCAGCAGGUUUCAUUUAAAUCUCAGAUGUGAUGACACAGGACACAGGACACAGUAUCUGGGUUUAGACUGAACCAUGGGUGUAGUUCAAAGUGCAGCUUGAGAGGACGCAGUGUGGAGUUUAAUAAGAGACCUGACAUCACGUCUUAAACUAGAAACCACAGCUGAGAGUGUCACAGAACGACAGCCCUUAAAGGUUGCAGCACAGCAACACAAUCAGGAUAAUUACAGUUUUUUCCUAUAGCACACCCCACUCACUCUAAGUAAACUAAAAAAAUCAACCCACAAAUCUUGGUAAUACAAUUUGACCCAGGUCUGAUAUAAGCAAAACUUUUGUUAAAAUGUUGUUUUUGACAUUGUUAUUUAUUAAACACUCACAUACAUGCACUGUGUGUUUUAUGAAGUUUAUUGUACGAAUACUAAGCCUGAUGUUUCUCUAAGUUUUGACGCAAGAACAAAUUUGUUUUUUUUUGGCCUCGAUGGAAAAGUGAAGAGAAAACCCACAUGGCUUCAUUUUACUGCCAGUAAUUUGCUUUUGGCUUUGCUUUGUGUUUUCCUCCUGGUCCUCAUUCUACAGUAGAUGUGAAACAAAAGGAAAAAGACAUAAACAUAAAUAAGAUUCAUCAAUCUAACCCUGGCUGAUAAUAUCAUGGCUCGUCAGUUUCUUUGUUUUGGCAGUGGCAUUUCAAUGUCGUGAGCGCUCUGCAAAUUGUACUCGAGGCAUACAGACGGUAUUGGUUGUGAUUUUUUUAGGCUCAUAGCCCAAUUUUGUAUCACAGCUGACAUUUAAAAUGUCUGAUGUGAGCUCUGUGAGCUUGGAGGCAGACUUGAAACAGAGACAAAGGGCAACUGCUGAGAUUUCU